AUGCCGCACCCAUACCCCGAGUUGGCGCGCACUGUGCUCCUCCAUCCUGCGAUCGACAAUCAUGCACACCCUCUCUUAACGGAAGCGAACCGCGAUGCCUUUCCCUUCGAAGCCCUUGUUUCUGAGGCUUCCGGCAAAGCUGCAGACGAUAUCCCCAAUACGUUGAUAUUCAACCACGCUACCGCGCGUCUUGCCGAGCUCUAUGGUCUGUCACCCUACACGCAUGUAUCGUCCCCGGAGUCUGCUGCGGUCACCUCCCAAGACGAGAUACCUCCGGAGAUUGGAACUGGCAUCGGACCAGGGAGUACGUGGGAUACAGUGAAGAAGUUCCGAGCCGCUACCUCGUACGGAAAUUUGAACGCGCGGGGCAUGAAAGCCUGCCACCUCGAGACGCUGCUCCUCGACGACGGUCUUUCUGGGGUGGAGACCCUCUGCAUGGCACGCGAAGCCCAUGACGAGUUCACCCGGAGCCCGUGCAAGCGCAUUGUACGCGUUGAAGCCGUUGCGCAAGAUGUACUUGCAGAAAUCUGUAGGGAUCCAUCUUCUCUAGACCCAGAAGAAGCCACUCUCGACUCACUCUGUGAGAUGUGGCUAUCUCGCACAUACACACUCCUCCAAGACGCCGGAAACGAUAGUGCUGUCGUAGGCUUCAAAUCAGUUGUCGCCUAUCGUACGGGCCUCGACGUUACGCCGUUAUCUGCAGUCUGGCGAGACUGGAUCAACGUUGCGCUUGCACCACGGGGUGGCGCCACAGCAGCAGUCGGAUUUCCAGAUGUGGAUCGUGACCUGGUGCCCACUUUGCGGUCAUGGAUGAAGGAACAGCAAUCGAAAACCAUGCAAGCAAAGUCGAGUGGCGGAGAGGCAUCGUUCCGGAUCCAGAACAAGGCGGUCAACGAUCUGCUCGUGGGCAUCGGCAUGAUCGUCUCCGAGCAGUUCUCUAAGCCCAUUCAGUUCCACACUGGCCUCGGCGACUCCGAUCUACGCCUGGCCCGCGCUUCGCCUUCACAUCUUCAGCCCCUGCUCGAUGCACACCCGGAUACGCGUGUCGUGUUGUUGCACAGUUCCUAUCCCUACACGCGCGACGCCGGUGUCUUGGCAGCUCUAUACCCCAACGUAUACCUAGACUUCGGCGAAAUCUUUGCUUUCAUCAGUCCUGACGGGCAAAGGGCAGUUAUCAGGGAGAUGCUCGAGAUGGCACCGUGGUCCAAGAUUAUGUGGUCUACGGAUGGUCAUUGGUGGCCUGAGUCCUUCUAUCUCGGCAGUCUCCUUGCACGCGAAGCACUUCUUGACGUAUUGACGUCUACUAUUCGCUCAUCCCGCUUGCCAGUCUCGGUGGCGGUGGAACUAGCGAAGAACGCGCUGUUCCACACGGCGAACAAAGCAUACAAUCUAGGACUUACAGCGCCGGAAGGCUUCUGA